AUGUUUUCUGAAGAUCGCUCGUAUCUGAAAUACCCUCAGGCUAUUGAGGGACCGGCUGUUCCCUACAAAUAUGAGGACCAGUCCAUUCCAGUGUUCCGGGGAACUCCUCUCGUGAUAGGUGCGACGCUUAUCCACAAUAUCGGCUUCAUCCAAAGCCAUUUCUGGCGAAAUGCGGGCUUUGGCGUUAUUCGCGAGAUCCCUCACCUCCACCUUUACGCCGGACGCUCGGACCCGAGCGUGAUUCCCCUUGAGAAGAAUACCCCGACCGAUAUUCCGACUCCAACGAUUGCGAAGAGACGGGGCAAUCAAGGAUACUAUACGUCAGCUGACUAUCAUGAUCUGUUUGUAUCGGACGCGCUGACCCCGACCACGGUCGUGGAAACGCUGCUGCCUCUAAUCCGUCGCGAUGUCACGUCCCCGGGAAAGCAUUCGACUGCUUUCCUUGAGUCCCAGGUUGAAAUAAUUCGCGCCGCCGCGGAGGAAUCCACAAACCGCUAUAAGGAAGGGAAGCCCCUUGGGCCCCUUGACGGUGUACCCGUUGCGAUCAAAGACGAGGUACACCUCACGGGCUAUAAGCGUACUUUGGGGACGAAGUUGGAUUUCAAGGCCGGGAAUGACGGUACCUCUUGGUGUGUUCAAAAAUGGCAAGAGGCAGGUGCGAUUGUGAUUGGAAAAACCACCAUGCACGAGCUAGGCCUUGAUACCACCAAUAACAACCCUAACUAUGGUACUCCAAAGAAUCCCCAUAACCAGGAUUUCUAUUGUGGUGGUUCCUCGGGAGGCUCUGGAUAUGCUGUCGGCGCAGGCCUCGUUCCCAUCGCACUUGGUGCAGACGGCGGAGGCUCAAUUCGCAUUCCGUCCUCGUUCUGCGGCAUUUGGGGACUGAAGACCACACACGGUCGGGUAUCUGGAGCUCCAUCGCUGAGCCUCGCUCCCACUGUGGGUGUUCUCGGACCAAUGGCAUCUAGUAUUGAUGAUCUAGCCGUUGCCUACCGUAUCAUGGCAGCGCCUGCCCCGGAAUCAGAAGACUCGACUUCUGCGCUAUUCUCCCAACCAAUCCCUCCUCCCGCCGACCGAAAAAGAAACAAGGUCAUUGGAAUUUACCAAGACUGGAUUGAUCGUGCAGAGCCUGCCGUCCGUGAGGUCUUUGACAGAUCGCUCAAAUACUACCGGGAGAACGGAUAUAGUGUCGUUGAUAUCACGAUCCCUUAUCUUCCAGAGGGACAAAAGGCCCACGUCUUGACUAUCAUGGCAGACAUUGCAUCCGGUGUCAGCACUCGUCAGAUCCGACACCUCACUGCCCCCAAUAAGGUGCUCGUCUCAAUGGGCAUGUACCAAAUCACCGCACAGGAUCUUCUCGCUUCUCAGCGCCUCCGUAACCUUCUCAUGACCCACCUUGCACACCUCUUCCAAAAGCACCCUGGUCUGUUAAUUCUCUCCCCAACAACCCCCAUCCCAGGAUGGAACAUCCAAGGAGGUGAUGCGGAUCUCGUCCGUGGGGUGUCAGAUGGAGGUAUGUCCGUGCGGAACAUGGAGUACGUCUGGCUAGCAAACUUCACCGGAAACCCCUCUAUCAACUGUCCCGCCGGUUAUGAUCCCAAGACUGGCGUUCCUAUCGGUAUUAUGGCGAUGAGUGACUGGGGCACUGAGGAGGAUCUAAUUGAUUUCGCCCGCGAUGGAGAGGCUAUCUUGGAUAUGCCUGCCAACCGGCCACCGGCUGCAAGUGAGUCAGAUGCAGCUUCGAAUGGGCUGCGAAUUCCAGCAGCUGUUGACUCGAUCUGGGAAGAUGUCAUUGGCAAAGCCACAGAGGGCCAGUCUGUAUGA